AUGCCUUCCCUUCCAGAACCCACCUUGCUGAUGGGCGGAGGCGGCGAUGCUGUUCACCUGGCCGCCUCUCCCCCGCAGGGCAUCCGACGUGAAAAGGAACCCCCCAACUUCGGUGCAGAGACCUCACUGCCAGAAGAAGAAUUUAAAUGGCUUUUACAAGAAGAGGUCCAUGCUGUUUUGAAACAGCUGCAGGAUAUUUUGAAGGAGGCCUCUCACCGGUUCGCCCUGCCCACCAGUGGCUCGGGAGGAGCCGUCAAGCAGGAGAACUUCGUGCUGAGCACAUCGGGCACAGACCAGGUGAAAGGUGUGUUGACGCUGCAGGGAGAUGCCCUGUGUCAAGCUGAUGUUAAUCUGAAAAUGCCCAGAAAUAAUCAGCUCCUGCACUUUGCAUUUCGGGAAGACAAGCAGUGGAAAUUGCAGCAGAUCCAGGAUGCUAGAAACCAUGUUAACCAAGCCAUUUACCUGCUUAUGAACAGAGAUGUAAACUACCAGUUCAAAACAGGCUCGGAGGUUCUCAAGCUUAUGGAUGCUGUGAUGCUACAGCUCUCAAGAGCCCGAAAUCGGCUUACCACUCCAGCCACUCUGACUCUACCAGAGAUUGCCUCCAGUGGUCUCACAAAAAUGUUCACCCCUGCUCUGCCUCCAGACAUCCUUGUGAAUUUCUAUAUUAACCUGAAUAAGCUGUGCCUGACCGUCUACCAACUCCAUGUGCUGCAGCCCAGCACAACCAAGAACUUCAAGCCUGCUGGAGGGUCCAUUUUACACAACCCUGGAGCCAUGUUUGAGUUUGGCAACCAGCGAUAUGAAGUCAGCCAUGUCCAUAAAGUGGAAUGUGUUGUCCCAUGGUUAAAUGAUGCCCUUGUCUUCUUCACAGUUUCACUGCAGCUUUGCCAGCAACUGAAGGACAAGAUCUCUGUUUUCUCCAGUUACUGGAACUACAGGCCAUAUUAAUUCUCUGUGGAGUGUCCAAGCCCUUACAGUACUUCCAGUGUCUCUCUGUUUUCAACAUGCCAGCUGAGUCCAGGUCAGCCUGAGGAGUGCUGUGGUUCACUAUCAUAUGGCCCUCCAUAGGGUAGGGUCAGCAUAUCCAGAGACACAACUUUAGUAGCCUUGUCUGGGACUGCUCCAUAAGCAGGGCACCAAGCAAUGCUGUGUGGUUCGCAAGAGAUUCCACCUGUCUUUGUUCUCAUGUGCGUUGUGUGGCUUACACUUUCCAAGCCUCUGAUGAAUUACACUAGUCCAUUACAAGGGAUGCGGAGCUGUGGACUACUCUUACUAACUGUAUUUGCACACAGUGCUGUAACUAACUGCUGGACUGAGCUGGCUGGGAAGGGAUGAAGACAGACUAAUUUAACACACCACAAAAAGUGUAGGGCAUGUUGCUCCAUGUAGUGAAAUAUGUUGCUGUGGUCUGGUCCAGCUGUGGUUAUGACUAGCCCUGAGUUUCUCCCUCUCCUAUCUGUUCUGUCCAUGCCCAUGUUACUGAUUCCCCUUUGGGGAUAUUCUUACUUGCUGCUGUUUGAACUCUUUUUUUCCCUGGCAUCAAUGUGAUAAUAUUUUUUUUUUUCCUAAGCCCUAGUGGGGCCAAUUGGUUUUUUCCAGGUUUAGUAUCUUGUUUUCACUGCCAGCCUUUGGAGCUGCUUCGGUACCUUGAGCACAGCUGUGCAGUCUCACAUCCUGUCAUUAAACCCAAAGUGAGUACCACAUUGUUACUAUGAUUUGCUGCCUACCUAUGGAUGCUACAGUAUGUAACUCACCCAUCUAGCCGUUGAUAACUAUGAAAUAAAGAUCCUCAGACCUGCCAUGCUCCUGUGGGCUGUCAGU